AUGCACCCCUUGCUCCUCCACCGCGCUCCACUUCCAGCGCUCAUAGCAGGCAGUAACCCGUCCCGCGUACCACCACGCGGGCCUGCGAGGUCGGACGUGCCAGCAUCGACCUCGUGCGCUGGUCCUCCCACUCAACCAAAGCCCAACGAGCUCGCGCGCGGCCUUUUGCUCGCACGACGCCUCCGCUUGCCUCGCCCCCCUCGCAUCGUCGCCUCUCUUGCCUGUUCGUGCUUGCAUUCUCGACUCGACGCCCAUCGCCCGCGAACCCCAACGACAGGCGCGCGUGCCCAGUCGGAAAUGUCCGUCCAGACGGGGGCCGACUUCACCGCCGCCGAGGCGCCGCCGCUGCCCAUGGGCGAGGCUCUCUCGGGCAUCUUUGGCAGCGUCAGCCUGGCCGCCUGGAUUUGUCUCUUGAUUCCGCAGUUGCUGGCCAACUAUCGGGCCAAGAGCGCCGACGGCCUGAGCAUGGCCUUUCUCGUCGUUUGGUUCCUCGGGGAUGUGUCGAACCUGAUGGGCGCCCUCCUCACCCACCUGGCCCCCACGGCCAUCGCGCUGGCCGUCUACUUUUGCAUCUUGGACUUUAUCCUCAUCGGCCAGGUCCUCUACUACAACACGCUCAACGCCCGUCGGCUGGCGGCCGCCAGGAGCGAGGCGGCCGCCGCCGUGUCGGAGACGUCCCCGCUCCUGGGACGACGGCGAAGUUCCUCGAUAGGCCUGCCGGGCUCGCACCGCCGACACUCGACGCACGAGGAAUCCUCGCUCGAGCCCAUCAGGAAGGUGGUCGCCGGCGAGGAUGAGACGCAAGACGGCCGACCGUGGCUGCACAACGCCCUCGGCCUGCUCGCCGUCUGGCUCGUCGGCUUCGUCGGCUGGUUCGUGUCCUUCAAGGCGGGCGCCUGGAGCGGCGAGGGCCCGGGCCAGCCCGAGUCCCCCAAGGCCGGGAAUCCGCCGCUCGAGGCUCUCGGUCUCGCCCUCGGCUACGCCAGCGCCGCCUUUUAUCUCUGCGCUCGCAUUCCCCAAAUCUACAAGAAUUUCCAGGAAAAGUCUUGCGAAGGACUCUCCCUGCUUUUCUUUUUGCUCUCCCUCACGGGCAACCUGACGUACGGGUUGAGCCUCAUCGCCUACUCCCAGGACAGGAGCCAUCUCAUCACCGCCUUUCCCUGGCUGCUGGGGUCGCUCGGCACCAUGGUGGAGGAUGCGACCAUCUUUGUCCAGUUCCGAAUCUACCGCAAGGAAGCCUGUGAUACCCCGCUGUAG